UAAGUCACAUGUUUUGAAAAAUGAAGUAUUAAGUAGAUUAUAGUUAGAAGUUGCCGUUAUUAAAGUUAACAGACAAAGAUAGAUUGGUUCCGUAAUUGUUACUUUUAUACAUGAAAUCUUUAAAAAAACAUUUGUUGGAAAGCGGAUUGUUGAUUUGCUGAAGUGAAUAAUUAUAAUGGAAAUAAAGCAAAGCUUGUUAGGUAGUAUUAGGAAUUUGUAGAAAGUCGCGAUGUUUUAACUUGGAGUAAAAAGGUAAAGUAAAACGAUGGAGCCGUAUUCCGAUGACUUGUUGUGGCUGGUGGUGUGUGGAUUCGUGGUAGCGUUUGUAUUGGCGUUCGGUAUUGGUGCCAAUGAUGUGGCCAACUCGUUCGGGACCAGCGUUGGCUCUAAGGUGCUGACUCUCACCCAGGCAUGCAUCCUUGCCACUAUAUUCGAGAUUGCCGGCGCCGUUCUGAUCGGGUACAAAGUAUCGGACACGAUGCGCAAAGGCAUUCUGGAUGUAUCGUUGUACGCGGACGGGGGCGAGAGGUUACUGGCUGCGGGAUGCCUGGCUGCUCUGCUGGCGGGGGCGAUAUGGCUGAUCGUAGCCACCGCGCUGCGCUUACCCGUCUCUGGGACACACUCCGUCGUCGGCGCCACCGUCGGCUUCACACUCACUGCUAAAGGACCCGUUGGAGUGCGCUGGUCUACUCUUGGCGCGAUCGUGUUGUCGUGGUUCAUCUCGCCUGCGAUGAGUGGCGCAGUGUCAGCAAUAUUGUACUGGCUGGUACGCCGGUUCAUACUUCGCGCCAUCGAGCCGAUCCAGUCUGGCUUGAGAGCUCUUCCUUUCUUUUAUGGAGCAACUGUCGCUGUUAACGUACUCAGUGUGGUGCAUGACGGACCUAAAUUGCUAUCAAUGGAUAAGAUUCCUCUGUGGGUUGCGUUGGCGGGAUCAGUGGCUCUCGGCACGGUCGUGGCCGGGUUGGUCCGAGCGUUCCUUGUGCCGUAUUAUCGCCGGCAUUUAGUCAAACCUGUUAACUUUACCCUGGGACUAUCAAAUGAAACGACACCAGCCAACACGCCAACACAUUCGAACAAGAACAGUAUCCCACAACGUCCAACAUCUCUCUUAUCAGAAGACGGGAAAGUUCUUGAAGUGAUCACUGAAAGCGCCGAAAUGGUCACCUUGAGCGAAGCUGAUAAAGUGUCUCUAGGAGUGAGAGAGAUGAACAUUAGGAACAGAGCCCUACUUGCAACUAUGGACGAUUGCAGCAUUCUAUCUCGCAGCCUCAGUCCACCCAACAAGUCACGCUUACAACUAAUAGAUGCAGACCCACAAAUUAACACCCUCAAAUACAUCGAUGAAACUUUAAGCUGCUGUAAGAGUUUGGAUUCCGCGCAACUGGCCGGUAUGGGGGAAAGUUAUGAUUCCAGAAAUGGGUUCCUAGGUGACUCAUGUGAAACCAUAGCGCGCGGGGAAUUUGAUAGGUUGGCAGCGGCGCGGGCGCACCCCACAGCGGUAGGCUUUGAUACUCCGCCACCGAGGCUUGAUAAGGUACUACUAGAUGAUGUGCAACCGGUGGAUGGUGGUAGUGCCUGGAGCGUGGAGUGCGAGGUGGCGCGGCGCCACCCUGCCAUCACCCCCAACUCUAGCGCUGCGCCACUCUUGCGUACCACCAGCCCGCUGCCCGCUGCGCCCGCGCCGCCGCCUCCUGAUACUUUGCGCCUCUUCUCCUUCCUUCAAGUCCUUACCGCUACGUUUGGAGCUUUCGCACACGGCGGCAAUGAUGUCAGCAACGCCAUCGGUCCUCUAGUGGCGCUCUGGUUGCUGUACUCGGAGGGCGGCGCGCACGCGAGGGCAGAGACUCCGCUCGCCAUCCUGGUGUUCGGAGGCGUCGGCAUCGCGCUCGGACUGUGGCUGUGGGGCCGCCGCGUCAUCCAGACUGUCGGCGAAGACCUUACCAGCAUCACGCCUGAUACCGGGUUUACCAUCGAGCUGGGCGCAGCGCUGACGGUGCUAGUGGCUAGCAAAGCAGGCCUGCCGGUGUCCACCACGCACUGCAAGGUGGGCUCCGUAGUGUGCGUUGGCUACUACUCCGACAAGUCCGUCGAUUGGAGUCUUUUUAGGAACAUAAUAUUCGCAUGGGUGGUGACUGUGCCAGUGGUCGCUGCGCUUGCAGCGGUCUCCAUGCUUGCUCUCGAGGCUUUCGUCGUCUAACAGCUGCAAGACAAACGCUUCACAUGUCUACAUAUGUAAUUUAAUUAAGUAUACAUUUUAUAUAUUUGCGAUUUCUUGGCAGAUUUUUUUAUAACAGCGAUACGGCUCUCAUAUAACGUUGGUCUAACAAAAACCUUAGUAACGCGUGGGUAGGUAGGUAGGUAGGUACUUUAUUCCAAAUGCGGUGGACAUUCCCUCUAAGAACCCCAAUUGGGAUGGGAAGCUCGUGACCUAGUUUUUUUUAUUUAACUUAUAAAUGAUCAAUGUUUUCACAUACUAUAACUGCAUGUAGACCAGGUACGCUCUCGAGUAGAUUAUUGUAUCGAGUGCCUCAACUUUCAGUUAGCAUUCAAGAACUUAUAAGUAUGAAACUUUCUAUUCAGGUUUCUUUGAGUACAUUUUAUUGCGUUUUAAUAAUUGCUGAAGUUUAUUAAUAAAAAAUAAACUAGAUAGAAAUAUACGAGAAAACUAAUGCUUAAAAUUCCGAAAAAAGAAGUUUUUAAUGUGUAGAAAAAUAACUGGUUUAGAUAAAAUACCCUGUUGCACGUAAUCCAAGUUCAACAGUAGUAGAGUUCCUUUAUGAAGGAAUGUUUAUUUGACUUAUGAAAAUUAAAUCUUGUUGAGCAAGGUAAAAAUAUUUUUAUUUAAAUAAAAGGGUCAAGAAAUCGUAAGUAAAUAAAACAGGAUACUUACUACAUCAAUUGAAAUUAGCGCUGUCCCUUCAUUAGUUUUCUUUUAUUUUAGACUCAACUGUGUAUAAGAAAA